CGGUUUCAGUUCGUUAUUGCCAACCAGGCAAAGAUGCAGUACAAUCAGCAGCCGGCGGGAGCCCCGGGCUAUCCCACCCACCAGAUGCCACCACCGAGCUACGAGCAGGUGGUGCACGUGCAGGCGCCCAUUCGGGUGGUUCACUCGACCGCACCACCGCCCGUGGUGAUCAUACAACAUCAAACUGUAUUGCCGGUGGGUCCGGAUCCCACCUUCAUCACCUGCCCGCACUGCCACAUCCAGAAGCUGACUCGCGUGGAGUACUCGCCCAGUGUGAAGACGCACUGCAUGGCCGCCAUUCUCUGCAUCGUUGGCCUCUGGUGUUGUGCCUGCCUGCCCUACUGCGCCACCAGCUGCAUGAACGCCAAUCACUUCUGCGGCAAUUGCAAUAAGUUCGUCGGCGUCUACAACAGCGAUUAGUAAA